AUGGCCACUGCAACAGCUUGCCCCCUACCAACAACGCCCGUCGAGGGCGAAUAUGUGCCGCCCCCAAUUGGAUGCCCAGCUCCAGCCAUUAUCUACCCCAAGGACUCUGCGAAUGUGUCGUUCUACUGGGUUCCCAUGCUUGAUCAAGAUACCAUGGAUGCUCUGAGGCGAUUGCCUGAUGUCCUGUACGCAUACUACUACGAGCAGAGGAACCACAAAAUGGGACUUCCCUUCACUGCGGCGGGCAAACGUAAACCCCAAGACCGGCACCUCUUCUCUCGCUCUAAGGCUCCCAGUAGUGCGUCGGAGAAGCUACUAAAUAAGAUUAACUCCGAACCAAAUACAGACCCCAGUCCACUGAACGGCACCGUCCGGGUCGAGUUGCCGGGUGACAAGCGACAGGAGAAUUUCCACUUGACGCGAAACACGCCCUACUGGGGGCCUUCGCAAGUGUCUAUGCCAAAGAACCGGGCGUACUCGUAUCACUACGACUCGGUCGACGCUAAGGACACAUAUGUGUACUUGACUUUUGAAGGCGGCAUCUGGGAGGAUGGUCACGAUGAGCUUGACGGCAGUAACAUUGAGCACCUUGCCGCGAGGCGCGUUAUGCCCGAUCUCAUAAUCGGUCCGGAUGCUGUCGCUCUUCGGCAUGGAGCUGGAGUGGCUGCCCAAGUGGUGGGAAAAUCCGUGGGCAUUUGUCCAACGUGUACCUUGAUCAUGGUUAAAAACCAGUAUCCGAAUACAAAGGUUUUCGGCUGGAUCAGUUUCUUCUAUGAAGAGAUGCUUUCGCACUUCCAGAACGUCCUUCUAGCUAAUGCCAUUCCGCCAGCGUUUCUGGACAAAUUCCGGGAACUUCUAGAGAAGCUUGAUACGGAGAACGUCGUCUUGGUUGCAGUGGCUAGCAACGAUGCAGAUAAACUUAAUAAGGAUAAGGAGCCUAUCUACCAGGCUGGUUUCUCUAACUACUCCCCUUUUAUCACAGCAUUUGCUCCAGGGGAUGAUGUCCACUAUCCUAAAGACCCAGAACGGGGGAAGGAGAAAGAAAUAGAAAGCUGUGAUAGCACUUCAUUUUCCGCCCCCCAGGUCGCCGCGCUAGCCAAUUACUUCCGCGCAGUGCCGUCCCGUUGGCAGUCUCAGCUGAACAAGCCGGCUAACAUCAAGAAGCUCAUCCAGCUCUUUGCGCGCCGCUUUGCCGUUGCCCACUAUGGCAAUACACCUGAGGUAAAGCCUGAAGAAAGGCGGCCGAUUAUAUGGAAUGGCCGGGUCGGCGAACACAGCUGUCUGCGCGACUUCGGGUCGGAGGAAGAAUGGGCCAAGGUCUACCCGUCCAUUAAAGACAAUCUCGAAGAUGAGCCGGAGAAUCCUGGCCAGCCCGUGGACCCUUGCGGCGCUGGCCAGAACGGCAGUCCUGCCAGACGUCGGCGGCAGGAUGGCGGUGCAGGUGGCGGAAGUAGCUGCCCAUAUAUCCCCGGUGACAACAACCGCCGUCCCGGCAAGACAAUAGACUGGGAAGAGGGUCCGUCUGCCCCCGAGUGCGGCAGCAAUAACAACUACGGCGGCGAGCUUUGCAAGGGGUACUAUUAUGAUCCGGACCCAGAAGUCCCUCACCCCCCGGACUGUUACGACCCCAAGGACCCCGAGAACCCCCAUGGCCAGCCUCCUCCGGAGGAAGAGGAGCCCCCGACGGAGCCAUUAGUCGAAACUUUCGCAGUGUGUUUUAGUCGCUCAGUUACGAGCCCCUCUGCACCAGGUACACCCGGCUACUACGCCUGGGAGGUUUAUUCGCCUGGCUUACAUUACAGCUCCGACGUGAUCCUGGGAAGUAUCGAGCAAACCCCCGACAUCUGCAAGGUGCCCGACAACAACGAAUCCUUCGACUUCUGCGGCACGGAAUUUACAUUUGUGAAUAAAGGCCCUGAGGUCUUCCCCGGAUGUGGGUUCCAGAUUGAAAUUGACGGCAACGAGUAUAGCCCUCACCGGCUAGACUCCACUGACGAUAACCAAGGCUCAGGAAACUGUGGCAGGGCGUCAUAUACGGGGCUUUUGUUGUAUGAGCUUCCUCAUCCUCGUUGUGAGCAGGAACUCAACCGUCUUUGGAGGAACGCAACCGCCAUUGGGUAG